UUGACAACUCCUCUUAUCUCUCCCCCGUACACAUCCCCCUCGCACCCCCUCCUCGCCCAGCCGGCCGACGACCCCCCUAGCUCUACAUAGCCGAUACGGCAUCCAGCUGGGGUGACUUCAUUUGGCAACUCGGCGAUCGGAGAAUACACCCAACGGUAUCUACGCUCGCACCCCUCUCCUUGUCUACCUGCUUGUGUAGCAUCAACACAGCCAUCAGCGACAACGCGACCGAGCUACUGAGGACAACAACAACGUGUAAAAGGAGACGUGUUCUUGUGCGCAAAGAAGGAAGCGAGCACAGGGAAAACGAGAGGGAUCGGCGCGCAGAUACUCGCCGCCUUUGCCCCACCAGCACAGCGACAGCGCGACGGCAUAUCGACUAUCGGCAUAAAGGAGGAGACAACGUAGAUCGAUCAUCCCUCUCGGCACCGCAAACCCAGCAAAAACCAACCGUCCACGGCUCUUUCCCGCAUACGCUCUCUCCACCAACCUCGAGCGCUCCAUAGCUGGUCUACCUGUUCGCAAAGAAACAUAAAAUCAUACACCGCCACCGCCCAGCUCGCACUUUUUCCCGCCAAUUAUCUUAUCACGACAUCUGAGCAUCCCCCCAACCAAUAAUCACCUCCGCCAAGCUAGGGAAGGAACACAUUAUCCUCUCCCAAGCUUAGCGCUCAUCCCCUUUUCCGAUCCCCACGCGGUAUGGCAAGACCCAUCCGACCGGCUCCCCAAGCCCAACCAGCCACACCCGGUGCAGGCCCGUCCACUUCACUACGGACGUCCGCCCGUACCCACCGAGUUUCUGCUUCCGCUUCAGCCGUCUCUGUCGCCAGCCCUGCUACCCCGGGCCCACCGACGCCUGAAAGUGAUCCAGGAAAGGGAGGAGGGAGCUUGAGAAAAACGUUGGCGGUGGAGGCAAAGACGCAUGGGACCAGGAGGGCGGGAAAUGCGGUAGAGCGGAGGCCUUGUCCCUUUCCGUCGCAAUGGGGCGGGAGGAACAAGUGUUGUAUCUCGCAGGAGGAUGAGGCGGAUGAGGUUUUGAUGGGGAUUUUCUCGUCGAUAGCAUCUCUGGAUAACCGUGCUUUGUCACCCGAAGAGAUAGCGUCGACGUGCUUUCAGCAAGGCUGGCUCCGUCCCCCUUCCGCCGCCAUUGAACCUACAAAUGUGAUCAACAACGCCAUCCGCUCCUACAUCAAACGCUGCGAAAAAGCCAAACGACACUGCCUCCUCCAGAAACAACAUCUCAAUGGUUCCGUCGCUGAGCAAGUUCUCGAGUCUGCCCUCCAUCCCGCUGCUUUUGAGCAUGGCGAACGGCCAAAGGGGCCUGUGUGGUUUCUGCAGAGUGGGCCGGGGGCGGCCAAGAUAAAGUGGAAGAGUCCCUUCGAGGGGAUGGAGAUUCCUAAACCGCCCCCCAAGAAGCCUGCUCCCAGAAAGUCGGAUGGAAAGAAGGCAAAGCAGAGCAAGGACAAACCACUGGCGCCAGUCAAGAUCAGGCUGGUAUUGGGAGGAGCUGCGGUGGGCGAUGAUGAGACUGGGAGCGAGAGGACGAGCAAGUCGAGGUCGAGGAGUGUGAGCGUCGGGGUGGGGAAAGAGAAUGCGUUGGACCGCGCUGGUCUGAUGCUUCCUCCGCCUCCCAGAGUUCAGACAAAGAGGGUGGACAGGUCGGCGUCAUGGAAGGCUAGGGACGUUGUCGAUUCGUCUUCGGAUAGCGACUCGAGCGAUUCCGAUAUGGAGGGUUAUCCCAAAAAUCGUCUUCGACCCUCUCGCCCGACACGUCGAGGGUUACCCGCACCUCUUGCUCUCAAUGGCUCUCCCCGAACCUACGGCAACAAUCGACUCCCUACCGGUUCUCCGUUCAACGACCUCUUCUUUCCCGCUCCCGUCCACCCCAUGUCCCCCGGUACACUUGCCGCGUCGUCCUUCCCCUCCCACCCUCUCGACAACACCGUCUGGAUGGACCGCAAGUCUCCCAAGAUUGAAACUAGCGCGGCCUCAGAUGAAGAGGUGGUCGACCCAGAGUGGGGCAUGUGGUCGGAUAUCAUCGUCAAGGAGGAGAUGGAGGAGGAGAAUAAGGCGGCUUGGUCGGUAGAGGAUGAGGCGAAAGUCAAGGAAGCUACGGAUGCGCUGAGGGCGUUGUUCCCCCUGGAAACGCAGGAUGACGAGAUGCUGUCAGAUGAUAGGGAGUUUGACCUCGCCAAGACUGUCGACCGGCCUAACGGGACGACUUCGCCGAGUCUUAGUGAGCCUGCCUCUAUCGCGACUUCUGGUACAGCUCGUACUGGGCUGCGCGGCAAACUCAAGGCUGUCGACGCUGGCGGUCUUGCGCUCAAUAGCUGGAUAGUCAACUUUAGCCCUGUCGCUUCUCCUCGAGUCCGCCCGUCUCGCACGCUUGCCCAAUCCCAACCCGAUUUCAGCCCCACCCAACACUUUUCCAAGCUACGGGGUCAGUUUGACCAAGAUGAGAGUAUGGAGGUGGACGAUGAUUCUGCGUGGCUGGACGAGUCGGGAGAGCUGCCAGUCAAGGCGGAAGACAGCUUUUCGGAUGUCGAUAUCGGGUCUACGAUCGACGAUGUGGCUUCGCCCGAGCAUGAUCGACAUCUUCAUACUGCUCUUUGGGCACAAGAAGCCUCUUCGACUAUCCUCGUCAAAUCCGAGCCUGAAGAUUUCCCUACCCCGUCCUCGAUUGAAGACGAACCCAUGCCCUGCUCUCGCGCCAGCCUUACCCCUUCGUACGACUCGAGCGACUCGCCCGACUAUGACGAAUACGGCGUGGGCUACAACGUUGAUGAGAUUAUCUUGGGCCCGGAGAGCGUCAGUGUGGAUGAGAUUGAUGGGUGGUUGCCGGCUUCUCAACAUCGGACGCCGCAUCGCACCAGGGCAGGGAAGGGGAAGAAGGUGCAGGCAAAGGGGAAGGAGGAUUAUGCAAAGUGGGGGUCUUGGGGUGGGAUCGGCGUUUGUUCUUCGGGCAAGCGAUCUUCUCGCUCCAGUGCCACCACCGCCACGCGCAGACGCAAGAGCAAGACUUGCUUUGAACGUUUGAUCACCCCCGAGAGCGAUAUCGGCGCCGACUGCGAGGUGGAGGUGGACGAUGCGAUCGGAACGGAAGACUUUGACAAGGCGAGGGCGGAGGCGGAUGCCAAAGAGGAGAAGCAUAGGAAGGCGAGCAAGGAAAAGGCGGAGAGGCAUAAGGCGAUGUUGGAGGCCUAUCGGGAGACUGUCAAGAAAGAGUUGCCAGAGGGCGACGUUACGCCAAGUCCUUGGGAGGACCCUCAGUCUACUGUCCCGUGGGGAAGCAGCUCGACCGACUCGCUUCAAACUCCUGGCGUUCUCAGUCCCAUGGUUCUCCACAGUGUCUCCAACCUCUCUCUUUCCAACCCCGGCGAGUCUUCAACGGGAGUCGAUCCCAAGGCGCUUGUCAGCCCGCCGAUGGGAGGUAUCUUUGGUCAAGGUCUCGGAGCUGCGAGUCUGGAUGCGGGGUUGGAGGUGGGAAUGCUGGAUGCGGCGUUGAGUCAACAAGAGGUGGACGCUAUCAUGGCUGCGCCUGUACCUGAAACACCUCUCGCGCCUCUAACCACCCCUGCGAACCCGCCUCGCCCGGCUACCGCCUCGGUUGCGACUUCUUCGGUAACGGUACAGCCCACGCCCAUUACUGUGGUCUCUACAUCUGUCCCGAGCGAAAAGACUACUGCGGUGGUGGCUCUGCCAACUGCCAUACCCAGCUCCGCCCCUUCAGCGCCUGCUAAAUCGCCCAUCCCUCCCGCUCCUACCGCUAAACCUCCCCCUGCUCCAGCUGCGACUCCGAGUGCUGUCAAAGCGACCUCUCCUACCACUCAGGCCGCCGCGCCGCGCCCUAUCAACCAACCUGCUGCCAGUGUCCCGCCUUCGCGAAGUUCAACCCCCGGUACGACCUCGAGUACGAGCAGUACGAGCACCGGUGCCCGUUCUGGCGGCAAGAUCGCUACCAUCACAAAACCGCUUUGCCCUGGCGUUGACGCUUGUGUGGUGGAUAAUAUCCCGGUGUAUGCCCAUCUGUUUGAUGGGAGGAACGGGAGUGGAAAGCAAGUCUUGUUGCGACGUUUGGAUACCGACUUUGUGAACGCGAACGCUCUUUUACAUGCUUUGAGCGUCCCUGCCGGUAAACACGCCGAAUACCUCGACAACCCAAUCUCUCAGGCCCGCGCCAGCGCUCGGCACCUCGUCCACCCUUCUGCGGCGGGCGUAGAGUAUAGCCACGGUGUCAGCGGCGUAUGGGUCCACCUGAGUGAAGCGAGAGAGUUUGCGAGGAGGGCAAAGUUGCCGGAAGAAAGUCUGUUGGCGAGUGUGUUGAGAGAGGAUCUUUUCCAGCUCUUUGCUACGCUUGCCGGACUGAAGCCUGAUCACCCGCCUUCCGAGUCUUUCGGCUUGCCCUUUGUCCCCCGCCGCCACACUCCCCCAGCUCCACCAACCUCCAAAUCAACGCCCAACCUCCCCGCUCUAUCCACCUCUGCUCCAAACUCCAACUCCCACCUCCGUCCCUCCACGAACAACAACAGCGCCCCCGCUACGAACCCAACUUCUCCCUCUUCGGCUGCUCCGGCUGGCUCGGGUGCUUUUGGCCCCAAGGGUGCGUUGGUUAGGCAGGCAGAUGGAGCGGCGCCAGAGUGUCCGAACCCCAAGAGGAGGAGGGCUACGAUUUCGAGCCCUUUGUCGAAGAAGCCUCAGGGGCUUGCAUCAGCUCCAGCGCCGACCCCGGCGACGGCGCCAGCAUCGGCGGCCAAGCAGGGGCAAGGUCAAGGGCAAGGGACGAAGAACACCCAAGUCGGCGUCGCAGCUUCGAUGCCGAAAAGGGCUACGCGGGCGAGUAUUGGUGGGGCGGUGAAUAAGACUGCUGUUGCCAAGUGAGGUCGUUAUCUCUCUCUCUGUGUGUGUGUGUGUAAAGAAGGGGAGGUAUAUUUAGUUUUUGGGUUUUUGAAACUUUUUUGUGUACGACAGGGAGAAUCAUAUGUCUUGGGGUGUCUGCUUGUUUGAGCGCAGAGCCCGGAGUGAUUGAGGGGGGAGGAGGGGGGAGGAAUCUGCUUUAUUCUAUAAUUUCAUCACCACUCUACUCGCUCCCCCAUUCACAGACUGAAUCCAACAAACCGCACGACUCUUGUACUUUUUUUGAGCGAAUAUCUAGAAGGAGAAGGAAAAGCAGGGAAGGAAAAAAACACCAAAAGAGGGUCAAAUAGAUUAGCUUCUCAAGUUGAGGACUCUUUUGGCAACCCGUCAUUCAAUAUGUAAAGUGUGUAGUCGAAAAGCUGGUCGAUGAAUAGGUAGAUGAAACAUGCACAACCUGUACAAAUGUG